GUUCAAUUGGAUUUUGGGUGGGCAGUGCAGGCUUGGAUCCGCGGCAUUCUCACUAGAAAUCAUCUUCGAUUGCUGCACGAGAGCGCUAUCAUCAUUCAACGUCAUUGGCGGGGCUAUUGUGCAAGGAUCAUUUUCGAGCAAUGCAUGAUUCAAAGUGUUCAUCAAAUGUGGCAGGAAUAUUAUGACAAGAUGGCGAUCAAGAUUCAAGCGUUUUGGCGCGGUUAUUGGCUGAGGAAAACUGUGCUCGACAUUAAAAAGAUGCAUUGUUGGUUGAACGAAGUAUACGAAAAGAACGAGAAAACUGUGAACAGCAUGAAGAGAUUCAGAAACAAGGAAAUCGAAUACGUUCAUAAAAUAAUGGAAGAGGAGUCUAUGCAAUGGAUACUUUUCAUUCUGUUCAAGCUUCACCAUUUGUUGAGAACUGCGUGCCGGCCAGGCGUGAUCACGAAAAUUGACAAUACCAAGUUCACUUUUAUCGAGGCGAUGCUGAAAUGCUUGCAGUAUAAACAUUAUAUACGCAAUAAAAAAUUAAAACCAAAGGAGAAAUGUCAGAAAUGUCAAAUCGAUGAGAAACCAUCGUUCAUUCUACGCGGCACCUAUUACGAGAAAUGCGAGAAGGAGAUUCGUGAAAUUCAAAAAAGGCUGGAGGCGGAAGCGAUGCCGCUAUACAGAAGUAAUAAAUUGAAAGGAAAUAUUAAAUUUCGUUCGAUAUUCCAUUGGCCGUGUGGUAAAUUUAGGCGAGCCUUACGAUGAACAUGAGAAGAGUAUGCGAAAAGUGAACCAUAUGCGCAUAUUAACUGCUUUGGAAGAAACGUACGACUGUGAUUCGAAUGUGAAGAAGAAGAAAGAACAGAAGAAAACGUGUUCCUUAAGAAAAGAAUUCGAGCAGGGGGCUUGUUACGUCAAGGAAGACUUGCUUCUUGAGAAAAUCGAGAAAAUGGAUUGUCAUUUGAACCACUUACACUUGAAAUGCCCCGUUCACGAUUCUUCGACAUAAUUGUGUUCUUAAAUACUUUCACGAUCAAUCAAUACGAUAUAUUCGAUGAAAUACGACAAACCUCGAAAAACAAAUGGAACUAAAAUUGAAACUCAAGUGAUCGAUACUUUUACGAUCCAGAUUUACGCGCAAUCGUUAUUUAUUCACGAUCUUGAGUUAUUUUCAAUGUUGUUAGCUAAUUUUUUUCAGAUGACACAUUGAUAUUAUGAUUAUCAUUCAUCAAUGGAUCGCUCGAUGCUAAAGAAUUAAAAAAAAAAAAAUAAAGAGAAACGAAAGAAAGGAUUCAAAAGAUUAUUGAAAACAGUGAAUUUUAUUAAAGUAAAUAACCUGCUAUAAAACUACUUUUAAUUAUUCUAAACGAAACAAAGCGGCAAAGUUACAUUUCGAGUUAACAUUUCGAGUUAAGCCUUGCAGACGAGAGGAACGUUCAAGUCCUCGGUGAUAGAAACAGGUUUCUGACUGAGAUCAGGAUUGGCGCCCUUCUCGAUUCUCUUUUUCAGCUUCAUCGCGGCCUCGUUCUUCUCCAUGCAGUGGAACUUGUACGGUUUCAAUUUCGUCUCGACGGCCGUGCAACCAGACGCGCAAGAGACUACUGGACGCAUGGUGAAGCAGAUCUUGUCGUCGGUCUCCUUUACCUGGGUUCUGUGAAUCAUGCAAUGUUUGUUAACAUUUUGGUGGCCCCAGGUCGACAUCUCGGUGUCCGAUCGUCCCGAUUCGCUGUCGCUGAUCACGUUGCUCUGCCGGG